AUGCCGCCUCAACAAAGACCCAACAAAAUUGAUUCACAGUCGCAUCAGGAGGAAAACAUCAGUUAUGGAACACAUGAUGUAACUGAGGACAGGACAGGGAAGGACUCACUCACUAAGUCUCCGCACGGUGGAGGAGCAGCCAGUGUGGAGCGCGAGGCCCGGCUGGGUGUGGCCCGGGGCACGGCUCCGCACGGUGGAGGAGCAGCCAGUGUGGAGCGCGAGGCCCGGCUGGGUGUGGCCCGGGGCACGGCUCCGCACGGUGGAGGAGCAGCCAGUGUGGAGCGCGAGGCCCGGCUGGGUGUGGCCCGGGGCACGGCUCCGCACGGUGGAGGAGCAGCCAGUGUGGAGAGCGAGGCCCGGCUGGGUGUGGCCCGGGGCACGGCUCCGCACGGUGGAGGAGCAGCCAGUGUGGAGAGCGAGGCCCGGCUGGGUGUGGCCCGGGGCACGGCUCCGCACGGUGGAGGAGCAGCCAGUGUGGAGAGCGAGGCCCGGCUGGGUGUGGCCCGAGGCACGGCUCCGCACGGUGGAGGAGCAGCCAGUGUGGAGCGCGAGGCCCGGCUGGGUGUGGCCCGGGGCACGGCUCCGCACGGUGGAGGAGCAGCCAGUGUGGAGCGCGAGGCCCGGGCGCACACUGGAGACGAGGCCGGAAGUGGAACAAAACAGCUUGUGAGGAGUAACGAGGCGUGA